CGCAGACACUGUGAAGGAAUCUAAACGAAACACGCAGCAGCGUACAGGAAGCGAUGGGGGCUUUUACAAAGCUUUCCAACACACUUCAGAAAAAAGCACUCACUUCCCCGUUUCGACUGUAAGACUUUAAAUAUUCUUGAUGAAGUCGCUUUCACUUCACGAAGCGACUGCUGUUAGCUCGUCAAGAUGUGUGUUUGAGUUCUGAGGUAUGAGUGUGGGCCGGAUCUCCUCCAACAUGUCUGUGGACCCGGGGAAGCCGGAGCAAGGCCCGAUGGAGUACCGCAUAGCAGCCCUGGUCUUCUACAGCGUCAUCUUCGCCAUCGGAGUCACAGUCAACCUCACCGCUUUAUGGGUGUUCGCCCUGACCACCAAGAAGAAAAACUCAGUGACGGUCCACAUGAUCAACGUGGCAGUGGUGGACCUGACCUACACUCUGCUGCUUCCCUUCAGGAUGGUUUACCUCCACCAGGACUACUGGCCUUUUGGGAACAUGUUCUGCCGGAUCACCGCGGCUCUCACCAUUUUCUACCCCUGCAUAGCCUUGUGGCUGUUUGCGUUGAUCAGCGCCGACCGCUACAUGGCCAUCGUGCAGCCGAAGCACAGCAGGGAGCUGAGGAACGUGCCGAAGGCCGUGGUGGGGAGUCUGGGAUUGUGGGUCAUGACUCUGGGCAGCAUGGUGCCCUUGAUCUUCCCGGAGGAUGACCCCGACCGCGUCUCUAACUUUACCACAUGCGUCAAGAUGCAGGACAUCAUCUACAUGCGCCAUGAGAACUUUGUCAACUUCAUCAGGCUCAUCUUCUUCUUCCUGGUGCCCACGUGCAUCAUGAUCGGCUGCUACAUCACCAUCGUGGACAAUCUAAUCCAUGGUCGCACCUCGAAGCUCAAGCCCAAAGUGAAGGAGAAGUCCAUCCGGAUCAUCAUCACGCUCAUCGUCCAGGUGCUGGUGUGCUUCGUGCCUUUCCACGUGUGCCUGGUGCUCCGUCUGCUGGGGGACUCUGAGGAUGGCGGCUUCAGCAUCUGGGCGGUCUUCACCACCUUCCUGAUGAAUCUGAGCACCGUCCUGGACAUCAUUUUGUAUUACAUUGUCUCCAAACAGUUCCAGGACAGAGUGAUCAGUGUGAUCCUGUACAGGAACUACCUGCGAAGCGUGCGGCGGAAGAGCAGGCACACGAACACGGGCAGCAUCCGGUCACUGAGCAACCUGACCAGCGCCAUGAUCUGAACCAAAACUGCUCUCAAACUCUACACGCUUCGCCACAGCCAAUGACGGCAGCACUGUCUAGCUCUUAUGGUUGAUUAAAAAAAAAAAUGUUUUCAAAGUGUAAUUUACACUCACAGUAUGGGAGUGCUGCUGUUUUGGCGAAAAGCAUCUGUGUUCAGCUCUGAUUGACUCGCCCAUGAGAUUCGAGCUGUGAGUCUUUUCUAUAACACCGAGUGUCUGUGGAGCAGGUGUGACACGUGCGGGUGAAAAUAAAGCUAGUCCACCGAAUCCCACCACUCACAUCGGCAUGCACGACACGGAAACUCAACCUUGUUACCAGGUGAAACCCACGAAGGGUCUGACCGCCUGCACAGGAAACUGGGGUGGGUUUCAGAAACAGAUGACGCUCUUAUUCGUCUCAGAGGUUUACAGAGAGGACGCCUGCAAAUGUGAUUCAUAAACACCACGGUUCAAUCGUUGCCAUUUGAUUUCCAGCACAAACACUCCAAGGAAGGUGCUGUAAAGCUCCUGACCAGGUGAUGGCAGCAUGGCACAGCUAAGAUCCCACUCCGUUUUCCACAUCAGAGCUUGUUAAAGUUUACCAAAGUGAACAACUAGGUAGUUUUUGCCCCAACAUUUCCACGACACCUUUUCACUUCUGUUUGUUUGUUCACUUCCUUUCACGCAUUUUCCAGGUAUUUUCUAGUUAACAAUAAACAGCUUCUUCUUCCACCUGGAAUCUGGCUAAAGUGUGUUUAUGGUGAAAUGUGAAUAGUAUUGAUUAGAUGUUAAAUGAUUCAGUUGCUUCGAGUGCAUUUACAGUAACAUGCUCAAGAGACGUCAGAGAAGCUAUUUACAAGAUUUAUGGCAACCUUAACCUUUCAAAGAAAACAUUUUCAGUGCAGGGGAAUUUUUUCGGGCCUUUGGCUGCAGGUGCACGCAGCAAUUUAUAGCUUAAUGUGUUCCUCAAAGAACAGACAAGUAAUGAGUCAUAGAUGAAUGAGAUAUGCAUCAUCGCGAAGAGGCUGUAAAAGACGAAAAGCUUCUUAUGAUUUCCUGUACAGACCUCAUGCGAGAUAAAAGGGGCUGGUUUGUGUCUGGUCGAGAACAGGAAGUGUAAAACAGCAUGUGACCAAAAUAAAACGAGAAACACAGAAUGCAAACGCACGGCCAAUAUUUUAGAGAAAGUGACAUUUCAAAAACAUCAACAGAGUAAAAACAAAAAGUUAAAUGAUAUAGGUUUUAGAGAACACAAGUAAACCAUAAAUAUACAUCAAUAAAAUAAGAGAAUAAAGCAACUAAAGGAAUUGAUUUUUACAAGAACUCCUAAUUUAAUAUUUACCCAAUUUAGCAGCAAACUGUGUUGACAGGAACUCUGACGUCACUGAUGGAGCCAGAAAACCAAUUCAGGACAUCGUCUCUCAUGCGAUCGCAACUAAGUUUGCACAUAAACAAAUAUAUUUACUUCUUUUUUGAUUGAGUGAUUAAUUGAUUAAUAUGGUUUAGUUUAAGCAUAAAUUGUGGAAAAUACAAGGCAAAACACACAUUUUUCAAAUUAAUUACUUAAACAAUGAAAUGCAUUUAUCAGAAAAUAGAAAACAAACAUAAACAAAGACACUUUAUUUUACAGUUUUGCAAAGUUCUAUAAUCCGGUUCUCAUCAGAUCAAAUGCAACUUUUUUUAUUAUAAAUAUAUAUUGAGGGAAGGUCUAAAAAUGCCUUGUUUUCUCCUUUUUUAAAGAAUUUUUAAUGUGUUUUAUAUGAUGUACAGAGGUUAUAGUACUUGUAAUUAAAAAAAAAUCAGUCUGGAACACCUACUUUGAUGGAUACAUCAUAAUUUCUAAUUAUACUCUCUGCUUUCACACAACACUUUUGAGAACUUUUACCAAAACACAAUAUCUGCUUGUUUGGGGAAAUUCUGUUUGUGGUGAAGUAAAGGACUUUAAGGAAGCAUGCAGUGAGGAAAACCCAGGGCUCUAAAAAUACGACAUUUCAUUUAUAAAAGCAAAACAAAAAAUUCCAGUGUGAGAAGAAAAAAGAAUCUUACCAAGAAUUCCUAUUUAAGGAAAAAGAAAAUAUGACACAUUGUCUCAAACUGGUGAAAAACACUUUUUAUAAGAAUAUGUGAGAUUUUUUUACCGAAACAAAGGU